AUGCGGAGUCUCCGGGGCCUGGGCCAGCAGCCGCGGGCCGGCCUCUGUCUGCUCCUGGCGGCGCUGCAGCUUCUGCCUCGGAUGCAGGCCGACCCUGUGGAUGUGCUGAAGGCCCUGGGUGUCCGAGGGGGCAAGGAUGGGGUCCCUGAGGGGCCUGGCUUCUGCCCCCAGAGGGCCCCAGAAGGUGACCGGGCAUUCAGGGUGGGCAAGACUCGCACACUAAGUGUCCCCACGUCAGAGCUCUUUCCAGAUGGACACUUCCCGGAGAACUUUUCCAUGUUGGCCACUCUGCGGAGCCAGCCAGCCAGCCAGUCCAUCCUUCUGUCCAUUUAUGACGAGUCAGGUGCCCGGCAGCUGGGCCUGGUGCUGGGGCCAGCACUGAGCCUCCUAGGUGCCCAUUUCAGUCCCCUCCCCCAGCAGGCCAACCUCACUGAUGGCAGGUGGCACCGAGUGGCGGUCAGUGUGCACGGCAGGAUGAUGACCUUGGUGGCUGACUGUGAACCUCAGCCCCCCAUACACGGCCAAGGACCUCGAUCCAUCAGCACAGCCGGACUCACUGUGCUGGGAACCCUAGACCCAGGGGAGGGGCCUUUUGAGGGAGACAUUCAGGAACUGCUGAUACACUCAGAUCCUCAGGCUGCCUUUCAGGCCUGUGAGUUAUACCUUCUUGGCUGUGACAAGUCGGAUCCCUCAACCACAGUGUCCCCUCAGGGUGAGCCAGAGACCCCUCCUCCCCGACGGAAGGGGAAAGGGAAGGGGAAGAAGAAAGGACGAGGUCGAAAGGGAAAGGGCAGAAAGAAGAAGAACAAAGAAGCUACCACCUUAAGUCCAACUCCUACCUCACUGGAGAACCAAACCUCUGCUGACAUCCCCAAGACAGCAACACCAUCCCAAACUCUGCCUCCAACUUCUAUGUCUCCGCUGGUCCUCACCACCACUGUGUCUGUUGGCAGCAAUGUCACCAUUCUAAAGGAGGACUUUGACCUUGACAGUGAAAUUGAGCAAGAGACACUGGAGACUGAGACGUCUACAGAGGACGAGGAAGAAGGUAGCCUCACCAUGGGUCCUACCUUCCGGGAAGCUGAGCAGUCAUCACAGACUCAGUUCCACAUCUUCCCUGAAGCUGGAGAGAAGGGAGCAAAAGGUGAACCAGCUGUGAUUGAACAGGGACAGCAGUUUGAGGGGCCUCCAGGACCCCCAGGACCUCGAGGAGUGGAUGGCCCCUUGGGUCCUCCAGGUCCCCCAGGAUUUCCUGGGGAUCGUGGGCUACCGGGUCCUGCUGGCCUUCCAGGGGCCCCUGGCAUGGACGGGAUCCGAGGUCUACCAGGCACUGUGAUUAUGAUGCCGUUCCAGUAUGCAAGCAGUUCCUUCAAAGGACCAUCAAUAUCCUUCCAGCAGGCCCAGGCUCAGGCAGUGCUACAACAGGCUCAGCUCUCCAUGAAAGGCCCCCCUGGCCCAGUGGGGCUUACUGGCCGCCCAGGCCCCAUGGGUCUCCCCGGGUAUCCAGGUCUGAAAGGAGAGAUGGGAGAAAUGGGACCGCAGGGUCCCCGAGGUCUACAAGGCCCCCCAGGCCCUCCUGGAAGAGAAGGCAAGAUGGGCCGCUCCGGAGCAGAUGGCGCUCGAGGUCUCCCAGGUGACACAGGACCCAAAGGGGACCGAGGCUUUGAUGGUUUGCCUGGGUUGCCUGGUGAGAAGGGCCAAAGGGGCGACUUUGGCCACGUGGGGCAACCUGGUCCUCCAGGUGAGGAUGGUGAGAAGGGAACACAAGGACCUCCUGGGCCCACUGGCCAGGCUGGGGAGCCGGGUCCCCGAGGAAUGAUCGGCCCCAGGGGCUCCCCUGGCCCCCCGGGACGUCCGGGUGUAGUUGGAAUUGAUGGGGCUCCUGGUGCCAAAGGAAAUGUGGGUCCUCCGGGAGAACCAGGCCCCCCAGGACAGCAGGGGAACCAUGGAUCCCAGGGCAUUUCUGGCCCUCAGGGACCCAUUGGCAUUCCUGGGGAGAAGGGACCCCCUGGAAACCCAGGAAUUCAAGGCCUACCAGGAGCUGAAGGUCCUCCGGGUCACCCAGGUCAUGAGGGUCCUACAGGAGAGAAAGGAGCUCAGGGUCCACCGGGGUCGGCAGGCCCUCCGGGCUAUCCUGGACCUCGGGGUGUGAAGGGUACUUCUGGCAACAGAGGUCUCCAAGGGGAGAAAGGAGAGAAGGGAGAGGAUGGCUUUCCAGGCUUCAAGGGUGAUGGGGGGCUUAAAGGUGACUGGGGCCCCCCAGGACCCCCAGGUGCCCGGGGAGAGGAUGGUCCUGAAGGGCUGAAGGGGCAUGCGGGGCUGCCUGGUGAGGAGGGCCCCCCUGGCUCAGCUGGGGAAAAGGGCAAGCUUGGGGUACCAGGUCUCCCAGGUUAUCCAGGACGUCCGGGCCCCAAGGGAUCUGUUGGCUUUCCUGGACCACUGGGCCCACCAGGAGAGAAAGGAAAGCGGGGGAAGGCUGGGCAGUCGGGACAGGAAGGAGAACGGGGACCACCAGGCUCCCGUGGAGAGAGGGGGCAACCAGGUGCCACGGGGCAGCCAGGCCCCAAGGGAGAUGUGGGCCAAGAUGGGGCCCCUGGGAUCCCUGGAGAAAAGGGUCUUCCUGGUCUACAAGGACCCCCUGGAUUCCCUGGGCCAAAGGGCCCCCCUGGUCCCCAAGGAAAAGAUGGGCGAUCUGGGCACCCUGGCCAAAGAGGUGAAUUGGGCUUCCAAGGUCAGACAGGCCCACCUGGGCCAGCCGGUGUCGUGGGGCCUCAGGGAAAGACAGGAGAUGCGGGGCCUCUGGGUGAGAGGGGACCUCCGGGGCCUCCUGGGCCUCCUGGUGAACAAGGUCUUCCGGGCCUGGAAGGCAGAGAGGGAAGCAAGGGGGACCCGGGCCCAUCGGGACCUCUUGGGAAGGAAGGACCACCUGGGCCCAGAGGCUUCCCAGGCCCCCAAGGAGCCCCCGGGGACCUGGGGCCGACUGGCUUGAAAGGUGACAAAGGACCUCCGGGCCCCACUGGGGCCAAUGGCUCCCCUGGUGAGCGAGGUCCUGUAGGCCCAGCAGGAGCCAUUGGGCUUCCUGGUCAAAGUGGAGGUCCAGGACCUGUUGGCCCCCCAGGAGAGAAAGGUUCCCCGGGUGAACGGGGCUCCCCAGGCCCCACUGGCAAAGAUGGGAUCCCAGGGCCCCUGGGGCUUCCUGGACCCACUGGAGCUGUUGGGCCUUCUGGUGAGGAAGGGGACAAGGGUGAAGUGGGCUCCCCUGGUCACAAAGGGAGCAAAGGCGAUAAGGGGGAUGCGGGCCCUCCUGGACCAGCAGGAAUCCGAGGUCCUGCAGGACACCCAGGCCCGCCAGGAUCAGACGGAGCUCAGGGACGCCGGGGACCCCCAGGUCUCUUUGGACAGAAAGGAGAUGAUGGAGUGAGAGGCUUUCCGGGAGUCAUUGGCCCCCCUGGCCUGCAGGGGAUGCCAGGCCCUCCAGGAGAAAAAGGGGAGGUCGGAGACGUAGGAUCCAUGGGUCCCCAUGGAGCUCCAGGUCCUCGGGGCCCUCAUGGACCAAGUGGAUCAGAGGGUCCUCCAGGGCUGCCUGGAGGAGUUGGUCAGCCAGGCGCUGUGGGCGAGAAGGGUGAGCCAGGGGAUGCUGGAGAUCAAGGACCCCCAGGACCCCCAGGCAUCCCGGGGCCUAAAGGAGAAGUGGGUGAAAAGGGGGACUCAGGCCCGUCUGGAGCUGCUGGGCCACCAGGCAAGAAAGGGCCCCCUGGAGAGGAUGGUGCCAAAGGGAAUAUGGGUCUCAAAGGACUCCCUGGAGAUCUAGGACCCCCAGGAGACCCUGGAGUUGUGGGUGUAGAGGGCUCCCCAGGGGAGAAAGGAGACCACGGUGAUGUUGGGGGUCCGGGCCCACCUGGUGCUUCUGGGGAACCAGGCCCCCCUGGACCCCCUGGCAAGAGGGGUCCUUCAGGCCGCGUGGGCAAAGAAGGGAAAGAAGGGCAGAAAGGUGCCAAGGGAGAGCCGGGCCCUGAUGGACCCCCUGGAAGGGCAGGCCCACUUGGGGCUCGAGGGCCUCCUGGGCGUCCUGGACCUGAGGGUCUUCCAGGGAUCCCUGGACCUGUGGGUGAGCCAGGCCUCCUGGGACCCCCUGGACAGAUGGGUCCUCCAGGCCCCCUGGGCCCCCCUGGCCUUCCAGGACUGAAGGGAGAUGCUGGCUUUAAGGGGGAAAAGGGUCACAUUGGAUUAAUUGGCCUCAUUGGCCCUCCUGGUGAGGCUGGAGAGAAAGGGGAUCAGGGGUAUCCAGGCGUGCAGGGCCCCCCAGGCCCCAACGGAGACCCUGGUCUCCCUGGUCCAAGUGGCUCCUUGGGUCACCCUGGGGCUCCUGGUGCAUCAGGCCCUCUGGGAGAGAAGGGAUCAAAGGGGUCCCCGGGAGCCCUUGGUCCUCGAGGAGACAGGGGUCCCCCGGGGCCUCCUGGGCCCCCGGGUCCCCCAGCAGAGCUGCACGAGCUGCGGCGUCGCAGGCGCUCCAUCCUGGGGGCCCUGAGGACACCAGAGGAGAUCUCGGCGGGCGGCCUGGAGGAGGUGCUGGCCUCACUCACGUCGCUGAGCUUGGAGGUGGAGCAGCUACGGAGGCCUCCGGGCACCGCUGAGCGUCCCGGCCUGGUGUGUGGCGAGCUGCACCGCAACCACCCGCACCUGCAGGACGGGGAGUACUGGAUCGACCCCAACCAGGGCUGCGCCAGGGAUGCACUCAGGGUUUUCUGCAACUUCACGGCGGGAGGAGAGACCUGCCUUUACCCGGACAAGAAGUUCGAGACCGUGAAGCUGGCCUCCUGGUCCAAGGAAAAACCAGGAAAUUGGUACAGCACAUUCCGCAGAGGGAAGAAGUUCUCCUAUGUGGAUGCUGAUGGGGCCCCCGUGAACGUGGUUCAGCUGACCUUCCUGAAGUUGCUAAGUGCCACAGCCCGCCAGAGCUUCACCUACUCCUGCCAGAAUGCGGCCGCCUGGCUGGACGAAGCUGCCGGUGACCACGGUCGCUCCCUCCGCUUCCUGGGGGCCAACGGGGAGGAGCUGUCCUUUAACCAGACGGCCGCAGUCACCAUCAGUGUCCCUUAUGAUGGCUGUCGGCUCCGGAAAGGCCAAGCGAAGACCCUCUUGGAGUUCAGCUCUUCACGAGCGGGGUUCCUGCCCCUAUGGGAUGUGGCAGCUACUGACUUUGGCCAGACAAACCAGAAGUUUGGCUUUGAGCUGGGCCCUGUCUGCUUUAGCAGCUAA